CGUGUCUACAGCGACGACAACCGACGACGUUCAGAAUCACAUUUCCUUCUGCAUUCUACACUGUUCUCUGGUUUCUAUCCCACAGGCCGUCGUUUGGGUAUCUCUUAGAGCUCCGUGCUCACCGUCACGAAUCCCGCAUACAACCCAUCACUCGAAAAACAUGCUGUCGCGUUGUAACAUGCUCGUCUUUGCCUUUGCUAUCUUCUGCUUAUUUAUUGGAACGACACGGGGCGCAGAGGAGAAGACGACGAAGAUGAAAGUUGGAGACAAGACGAUUGAACGGACAGUACAGUUACGCACGCAUUCAAUAUAUGCGCCGUACAUAGACCAAGAUCUACAGAAUAGGUGGUGGGACUUUGGCGCCGAUGCCUACAUUAAUACCAACAAACACAUACGACUGACACGCGACAAACCGUCACAAAUGGGAUACCUAUGGUCCCGUCUACCACUCACGACUGCGAAUUUUGUCAUCGAAAUUGAGUUCAAGGUCACGGGCGAGUCGAACAAUCUCUACGGCGACGGCUUGGCCAUCUGGCUAACGAAGGAACGUGCUGAGCCAGGACCGGUGUUUGGAAGCAAAGAUAGCUUUACCGGCCUCGGAUUGUUCUUGGACACGUACGCUAAUUCACGCCACCCAUAUGCCUUUCCUCGGAUCACUGGAAUGAUUGGCGAUGGCAAGACCCAGUAUGACUUUGGAAAAGACGGAGAUAAACAAGGCAUCGGUGCAUGCUCUUUGAACUUCCGUCGAACAAACGUGGCGACCAAAAUCAAGAUCACAUACAUCAAGGAUACUCUAUUGGAUGUUAAAUUGCAAUAUAAAGCAUGGGACGACUGGACAGACUGCUUCCGCGCCGACGGCAUCUCGUUACCCACCGCUCCCUUCCUCGGGAUGAGCGCGAUGACUGGAGACGUAUCAGAUAACCACGACAUCAUCAGCGUCUCAACGCACUCCGCUAUAAUCUCCCACGGAGAUCUCCCCUUCACAGAGAGUGCGAAAAAACGGUCCAGCAAGAGCACCGGGUCCUGGACGUGGUUCUUCUUCAAGAUGCUCUUGUUUGCCGGGGUGGGCUUUGGAGGGUAUUACGGGUACCAGGAGUACCGGAGGAGGAGUAGAUAUUCUGGGAUGGGGAACUUUGGUGGAGGACGUCCGAGUGGGUUCUCGGGAUUCGGCGGUGCAGGGGGGAUGUAUUCGAGUGGCAAACGUCUGUAGGCGAGGGAGGGUUGGUGGUAACUUAUGACGCCUGGGUAAUCUAUUACACACCCUCAAGUACGAGUAUCAUAAAUGCAGGGACUCAUUUUUAUCUUGGGCGGAAAAUGCGAUCUAUUCCUUCUACAUG